AAUUAGCAUGUAAAAUAAAUAAGAAUUUAAAAUAGACUUGGUUUCUUUAGUGUUACAAAUUAAAUAUUAAUAUUUCAUAUUUCAAAAUUGUUUGUAUAGUUUAGAUCGCUUCAUUGAAAAAUUUAACUGUUUUCGUCUCCCAAAAAAGUCAACGUCAGAUCAUAUUUACGUUUAGUACUUCCGCCUUUAAGCCCCUCCCCUUUGACGUCAAACUCCCACCCCGCUCCAUGAUCCCCUCCCUUUCCCUCCGCAUAGCUGCAUUCCUACUGCCACAUCGGACUGAACCACUUUCUGUCAACAACCACGUUCUAGCCCCACUGCGGUAAAACAAGCCUACAUAAAGAGAACAUCCAUAAACAGAUAGUUUGAGGUUUCGUAUUUCGCUACGUUUGUUUGUUAAAUGUUUGUUCUUUUCAGUUUAAAGUAAAUAAUCAUAGAGUUUGCCUUUAAGGGUCACCCCUCCUCCCUGUUUUAAAGUGGUUCACUCCGCCUCGCUUCCAUGUUGGAUGUACGCAUAGCCGCUGCAGCUGCGAGAGUUUCCGAAUGAAAGUUGAUCAUAUAUCUGUCUUCAUAGGCAAAACGGGACUUCAACCUAAAUAAAUAACCAGUAAACGAAGAAGUUUUGAUUCUUCUCGAGCAAGAGUAAGACGGAAAAUCCACCCCCGUCCUCCUCCGCCCUCCAGCCCGGAGUCGGACUCAGCGGAGAUGAUCCGGUUGCAGGCCACAGCAACCGGAGCCCGCAUGGAUUUUCUGUAAUCAGCAGACUUCAACUGACUUAGACCGCGGGGAAACCGCAACAUUUCGGCAUCAACUACGAGAACAAGGAGCCAUGAACAGCCACCCGCCGCCCCGCAGGGUUGCAAACGUCGGCUCCCUUCUCCUGACCCCGCAGGAGAACGAGUGCUUGUUCAGCUACCUGGGCAGGAAAUGCGCCACCCUGUGUUCAGCAGUGGUCCAGGUGUACGGGACUGAUCGGAGCUGCGUGUGGGUGAAGAGGUGCUGUGGAGUGGCCUGUCUGGUGAAAGACAACCCACAGAGAUCCUACUUCGUCAGAGUGUUUGACAUCAAAGAGGGGAAAGUCAUGUUUGAGCAGGAACUUUACCACAACUUCAACAUGAGCUGCUCCAGAUCCUACUUCAUUUCAUUUGCAGGAGAUUCCUGUCAGAUCGGUCUGAAUUUUGCCAGCGAAGAAGAGGCCAAGCGGUUCCGAGUGGCGAUCUCUGACCUGCUCAACCGUCGGCAACGCAAAACUGAAAAAAGAAGUGAGCCUAGAAAUGGUCCGGCGCUGCACAUGGCCACAGUCGACAUCAAGAACCCGGAGAUCAACAACCUCAGAUUCCACAACUCCCACAGCCACCAGCAGCCGUACCACCUCAACAACAUGCUGAGCCACAGCGGUCUGAGCCGCAAGGACAAGAAGAGCAAGGGCAAGAAGAAGAAGCUGACCAAGGCCGACAUCGGCACGCCCAGCAACUUCCAACACAUCGGUCACGUGGGCUGGGAUCCAAACACAGGUUUUGAUCUGAACAACUUGGAUCCUGAGCUGAAGAACCUGUUCGACAUGUGCGGCAUCUCCGAGGCUCAGCUGAAAGACCGAGAGACGUCCAAGGUCAUCUACGACUUCAUCGAGAAGAAGGGAGGAGUGGAGGCCGUGAAGAACGAGCUGAGGAGACAGGCCCCACCUCCCCCUCCUUCUCGUGGAGGUCCUCCACCUCCACCUCCUCCUCCCCCACACCAGAGUUCGGCUCCACCUCCUCCGCCUCCUUCAAGAGGGGGACGAGGAGCCCCUCCGCCGCCUCCUCCAUCCAGAGCACCUGCCUCGGCACCUCCUCCUCCUCCCCCCUCCAGACCGGGGACUCUGGGUGCUCCACCUCCCCCACCGCCUCCUUCGAGAACAAGUCACCAGGCUCCGCCGGCUCCUCCGCACCACCACCACCACCACCAUCAUCAUCAUCAGGCUCCGCCUCCUCCUCCAUCGCACGCUUCUGUCACACCGCAAGCCCCGCCCCCUCCUCCUCCCGCUCCUCCAAAGACCCAUCAGUCCCCAGUCAACAGAAAGUCCGCACUGCUGGAACAGAUCAGAGGGGGCGCUCAGUUGAAGAAGGUGGAGCAGAACAACCGACCCACGGUGACCAACACCGGACGAGACGCCCUGCUGGACCAGAUCCGACAGGGAAUCCAGCUGAAGACGGUGGCAGAUACUCCAGAGUCCAGCCCGUCGACGCCGGCUCCUACUGCAGGCAUCGUGGGCGCUCUCAUGGAGGUGAUGCAGAAGAGAAGCAAAGCCAUUCAUUCCUCAGACGACGAGGAGGAUGACGAAGAAGACGAGGACUUUGAGGACGACGACGAAUGGGAAGACUAG